GACAUGUUGAAAAAACCCCAAACGAACUAUGAAGAUGUGUUCAAUCUGCAACCAUCACACCAGAUUGCUUGCUGGUUCAUCAUCACAAACGAAUCCCUUCAUCAUCACCAAGUUCUCGAAAAUCCCAUUUUGCAGUCCAUACCCAUUACUAUCGUAUUCUGUAAACCUCAUCUCAAACAAAACCCUUUGGUGUACAGUAACCGCUAAAAGGGAAGCUCGAUCUCUUCUCAGUCCUUCCAUUGUUGAACCCGUUUCCGAAGAUGAACCUUAUGAAGAAUUUGUUGAUGACAACGAUGAGGAAUUUGAUGAGGAUGAUGCUAUCCAAGACGAAGAUGCAGACCCCAGAGCCGGCGAUGGAGGUGGAGGAGGUGGAGUUUCUUUGGCUGGGACUACAUGGGACAAAGAAGCGUUGACAAUUGCUGAACAAGUUUCUAUGUCUUUCGAUGGAGAGCUGGGAAUAUAUGCUUUCAAGACGUUACAGAAUUCUGCCAUUCGAGUGCGCAUUGAGAGGCUUUCAAACAAGUCGGGUUCUCCCACCAUGGAGGAUAUUGAAGCUUUCUCAAAAGCUUUCAGAGAACGACUAAAUGAGGCCGAGGCUGCUGGAUCCAUUCCUGAUGAUAUAUCACUUGAGGUGUCUUCACCAGGACUCGAGAGGGUAAUUAGGGUUCCACAAGACCUGGAUAGGUUCAAAGAUCGUCCAAUGUAUGUAAAGUACACAGUAAAGGUGGACGAUGCGACAUCCUCCGUUGAGCGUGACGGUAUUUUGAGGUUGGAAUCUUUCGAUUUGGAGACGGAGUGUUGUACGUGGGGUUUAGCCGAUGUUAGGGUUAAUCGAGAGAAGGCGGGGAAAGGAAGACCCCUUAACAAAAAGCAAAGGGAAUGGCCACUCGUCACUCAUUUUGACUCUUUGCUUUUGGUCAGGAUCUAUGCAGAUCUCUGAAUAUGUAUUUUCUUUUUCCUUUUUUUAAGGAUGUUAUAUGUAUCUAUACUAUCUUAUAAAACAUUUGG